GAUUUAAUGUGAAUAUAACUUACUCAAUCACAAUCUCAAUAGGUAAUCAGCAGGUUACUCGUUUCUUGGGGUUUGAAUUCAUCUUUUUAUUCUAAUGAACUCUUUGUACUGCAAAGCGGUUAUAAUUGUAAUUUAUGUAUUAUGCCGAGUGUUUCCGGCGACGAGCAGCGACAGCGCCGCCGAGCAAUACUCCCUCUUCCCACACCCGAGCACCACGUUUGAGAUAAUGACAUUCGACCAAGUUCUACGUGGCAGCUACAACACAACGGCCUGCGUUAAAGAGUAUAUGAAUUGUAUGGAAGUUAUAAAAGCGGACUUAAUAUGUUUAGAUGGCAGACUACAGAACUCUGUUUGCGCCCAUAUACGAGAUACGUGCACACAAUAUGCGGGUCAAAAUUUUGAUCGCGAAUUACAUAUUUUCGAAUCGGUGUGCGAAACUCCAGAUGCCACCUAAUUUAAUGUCGCUGUCCAAGUCCAAGCAACGUACUCUAACAAUUAGAGUAUUCAUCGUCGAACAACAGCCGGCUCGGGCUGACGGAUCAUGUAUUUAUAUUACGUGUAACGUAGCCAUAUAAAUAUUAUUUUAAUCGUAAUAUAUCUUUAUUUUUGUUUGUAAUGUAUGUAAUUAUGUACACAGUACGCACUGGGUGAUCACGUUUCUAUUCGCCAUACAGUUGCGCUUGCACGACUGUUUUAGUUUGAAGGAUACAGUAACCACAGGAGUUACUACUUUUAAUUAGAUACUUAUGGUUUUUAAAGCUUACGUCCAUAUUUAUAAAUAUAUUUAUAUUAUUACAUGUAUCACAUCUCCAUAUUUAGAACUAACAGAAUUUUUCAUCGUGCCUCCCAACAAAUUGUUUAUAAUUACUUCUCUCCAUCCAAAGGUUUGGAAGAGAUCGCUUUUAGCGAUAACGUCGCCCGAUGUUUUCUCAUUGUGAUUAUUUCUUGUAAUUGUUUAUAUCUAGAAUAAGCUUACUGUUAUAAUCUUUUGGAGGAAACAACGAGUAUCUAUCUAUCCAUGUCAAUUUUUAUUCGAUGUCUGUGUAAAUAAGGGAAAUUAAUGAACAAGGUGAGACGCUGUGACGUAAAGCGCUAAACGCCCCCUGAAGAAGGCUUCCGGAUGGAGUCAAAACAGUUGUCCGAAACGACGAAAACACAAUGAGUUCAUUAGUCUCUCGUUAUUACAUAGACAUCAGGUGACUAUUGUAUUUCACUUGUAUUUUCUAAUUUGUUAUUUGUAUAUGUUUAUGUUUUUGGUGCAAUAAGGUGUUAUAUACUGUGCACAUGGAUUGUACUGUAAACAAGGGUUGUAACGUAAAAAUCCUGAUCAUUAACUGACUUCAAAAAAGUAGGAGAUUAAAUAUUGUUUAUAAAUAUUGUUAACGCAUGUAAGUACUCAUUUAUAUUUGAAUUAGAAAUAAAUGAAAACACAAUUAAUCGGAAA